UUGCCGGGGCAGCAGAGCCCCUCUAAAGCCCCAGUGCCGGUCACACGGCCAGCUGGAAGGCUGCUGCCCCCAGGCUCUGAACCUCGCUGCCGGAGCUGGGCUUUGCCGACCGCCAGCCAGGCCGGGGGAUGCUGCACCAGCGUGUCCUGCUGUGGCCCCAGUGCGCUGGGCCGUGCGGCACGGCCAGGCUGCGGGAUCCUGUCCCUUGGCAGGGUUCCUGACUCCAGCCCUAAGUCUGUUCUCCCCGCAGGGAAGAGCCUGGGCUUACAGCUCACCAAGACCCUGGAGCCCGGGGAAUACAACAUCUUCCUGCAGCUGACGGACAACCAGGGGAAAUCCCAGGUGACGACGGUCAAGGCCAAGGUCAAACAGCUGCCCCUGGCCGCGAGCAGCUACGUGACCACCCACGCGGUGAACACCCUGACGGGCCUGCCUGCCUUCGGCCUGGCCGUGCACCUGUUCCGACUCGAGGGGCCCGAGAUGCAGCGCAUGGAGCUGCUGAAGAGCUCCACCGGCGGGGACGGGCACCCUUCGCUCUUCUGGGCUCCCGAGCAGGUGAAGGCUGGCACGUACAAGCUGCACUUUGACACUGGGCGCUACUGGCGGCAGCUGGGCUACGCCAGCUUCUACCCCUACGUGGAGGUUGUCUUCACCGUCACCGAGCAAAGCCAGAGGCUGCACAUCCCCCUGCUGCUCGGGCCCUUCUCCUACACCACCUACCGGGAGAGCUAGCGCCCCCCAGAGCACGUGGGCCCGGCCGGCCACGGCUCCGGCUCCGGGCUGCAAGAAACGCCAUUAAACGGCUCUUCCCCCAGCA